UCCUCGCUCGCCUUUCAAACGUUCAGGAACCGCAGAGGAGGAAAAAAAAAACUCAAGAGAUUCAAAACCUCUCAAAACCCUUGCCCCGCCGCCGGCGCCGCCAUGGACCGGGCCCCGCCGCACGGCGCUCCCCGCGACGCCGUCGGACAGCGGUGGCUUGCCGUCUUCGCCUUACAGGCCGCGCUCUCGGCCGCCGCCUCGGCGCUCCACCUCGCGGCCUCCCCGCGCCGCCGCGGCCACCCCCUCCUCGGGGUGCCCCGGGGCCUCCUCCUCGCGCUCCACCCGCUCCUCUCCUGCGCCGCCACGGGGCUCCUCGCGCUCGCGCUCCUCCUCUCCGCGUCCCCGCACCCGCGCCCUCCCCCGCUGCCGCGGCGCGCGCUCGCGGCCUCCCUCUUUGCCGCGGCCGGCGCGCUCUGCGUGGGCGCCGCCGCGCCGCUGCUCCCCGAGGAAGCCGGGUGGGUGGCCGUCGCUGGUCUGGGGUUCCGCGGGGCCGUGCUAGGCGCCGUGUUCGCCGCGCACUACUUUGGUCGUCGGAGGUGGUUGCUCCAGUUCCCUGUCGUGCAGCGACCUCUAUUCUAUGGAUUGAAGAUGGGGCUUCUGCCAUCUGGGAAAAGGGCUCUAAAAGUGUCGCUCCAGGCCUUCUGCCUUUCCUUUGUCCUGAUUUUAUUCCUUCCUCGGCAAUUCAGAACUGGAGGCUCUAUUGGAAGCCAACUACUCACUCAGAUCAGCAUUUUUAUGGUGACCACUGGUGUUUCCUUGUGUUUGGAAAUAAGCCAUCAUUUUGUCCAGGUUGUACAUACGAGGAGGUGCAGUUUCGCUCCACCUCAGAGCACUGCCGCUGCAGAGACUAACCCCUCUGAAUUUAUCCUGGAAACAUUGGAACAAAGUGAUCCGCGAUCAUUAUUACAAUAUCUUGCUUACCAAGAUUUGUGUGUGGUAUCUGAGUGUAACUUGGAACCUUGGCGUCGAGGUGCCUUCUUUGAGGAGUCUGGUGAAACUUAUAAAAGAAUUGCCACAGCAUGUCUGAAGCCAGUUGAGGAGUUUACUUCAAAAAUUGCUGAAGCCCUUGAAGAUUUUUCUAGUGAUAAUCUGGAAUUGAUGUCACAACAGUCCAAACUCUUUAGUGCUUUUGAUGAUUCUCAGAUAUGCACAUGGUGUGCUCGGACAUUGGCGGGAUUAACUGCGCGCUCGCGCCAAGAGGAUCGGUAUGGAGUUGCUCAACUCACUAGCUGCAAUGCUGCUGUGAUGACUACGUUACUGUCUGCUCUAGUGGCAAUUGAGGAAUGUCUAGGAAAGAAAACGAACCCACUACCUGUGCACUCACUGGGUCCAGAAAGCAUUAGGUGGGGUAACUUUUCCACAGGACGAAAAGGCCGUAGAACUGCGAUUGCAAGCACGCAAAGAGGUGGCUUGCACAAGAAAGCUUAUGCCAUGGCAGAUGUUCUUAGGACCUCAAUUUACCAGAUAGUUUCAGCAUUCGUGGAUGACCUGCGAGCAAAUGCAAAGCCAUCAAGUUUGGAGAAGAAUUGGAUCAGUGAAGGGAGAAAGCCUAUAUAUGGUUCACAUGCUGUGUUGGUUCAGAAAUUGACUUUGUUUAUUGAGUACCGUGCUGUCUGAUCUUGGUUCGAUGUCCCUCAGAUCCUUACUGCACAUCAAACCAUACUUGGAUUAAAGUGUUUGGUUUUCGAACCAUUGUUUUCCACUUGAAGCUAUUGAGGAGAUUCUUUAGGUUGCAAGAUGGGCCUUGACUUGUGUAUUCCUGUUCAGAAACUAUUCACCAGGUUCACUGUACUUCUGUACUGUGGGAGGCGCCUCUCUUGGAGUGGAAAAUCGUGCACUCAACCGUUUUUCUACUUCGAAUUGUAGCCUUGCAAAUCUGAAGUUGAAUACAGUAAUCUGUGCGUUGUAUCAUGGGUGGGAAACUGUAAUAGACUGUCAUUGUUCGAUCGGCUUAUCAGAUUUGUCAUACUGACUCUGUACUAGUUAGUUGCACCUUCAAAUGCGAGCCAAAUUUUGAAUGA